ACUAGCGGCACUAGCGCACUCAGAUGGCGGAAAGGGCCGAGAUUCGCGUCCUCUACGUGAACGGCGACUUUGCUGAGCUGAAUAGACGGCUCGGACAAGAGCUCGCCCAUGAUGCAGAGGCUUUCACAACCACUCUUGCCAACUUGCCGAAACUGCUAAAAAUGGCAGAGAAAAAACAACUAAUGGGACCCUCCCUUGGAAUGGAAGCUCAAGCGCGUUUGGGCGCUGUCGACGAGGACGUCGACACUCACCCCCACUUGCCGGACACCAUGCAGUCGGAGGAGGGAAAGGCCGUCCUUCGGGAAAUAGAGCAAAGUGUCACCAAGCUCCAAUCCAGGCUGACCAAGGAGCAUCGUCUGCUUUAUGAAGUAGCCAAAGCUAUGAAUGAGAAAGGGGCAACAUCCAGGCCAGCCUGGGCAAACGGCGCCCACGUGUUUGUGACACCAUCCGUCGCAAACCAUUGUAGUGACCUGAAAAAAGAACUUGAAGAAUACAAGACAUCUAAGAACAAGCCCGUGGGCAAAGGUUGUGUCCUUGUUUCAGAUAGAUACCUUGAAAUUGUGAAGACGGCACUUCACACCAAAACGCAGGGAACGCCAGCGAAAAAGUUCAAGUUGGAGGAACAGAAGUCCAUUUUCAUCGGCCCAAUCAGGAGCAUAGACACAUUCCGCGGCGGUCCUUUGAGCCUCGCCACACGGGAGACCAAAACCACUGGAGACAUUCCAACGAGCCAGCUGGAACCAGACAGCCAGGUUUGGAAUGGGAAGAUGUCUUUGGGAACUGGCACCCACAAGAAGCAUCUUCUGUAUAAAGCAGCUAAAGCAGAUGCUGGAAAGGAUGUCACACUCCAAGCUGGGGAAGCAUCCGAGGAUCUUAUUGAGAGUGAAGAAGAAUCUUCGGGGGUAGACGUUGAAAGUCGCUGCAACAGGCCAGUUGAUGUCGAGCAGCUCAUGAAGAGCAUGAACCUGGAGUCAGAUCUGGCUGACCUCAAUUGGGACGAGGCAGAACAUGCUCACCUCAAUUGCCUCAUCAACCGAAAAUUCAAAGAAGUGAUCCAAGCAGGGCUCGAGAAGUCUGUAGAAUCUCACAAGUCUCACAAGGCAAAGAAACGAUUGAUGCAGAGGAAGCUCGAGAAAUUCCCAGUUCCAGAAGUGACAUUCUCAGUAAACAAAGGCAUCCAUGUUGUAGCGGAGGAAUUUCGCGAGAAUGCGCUCCUUUUCAUGAAGCAGCUUCUCACUCAGGAGCAGCAGAUUGAGAAGAAGUCUGGGUCUUCCGAUUCAAAGGGCUCCAUUGCAGCUCCAAAUCCAGCCUCUUAUUACUUGUCGAAGGGCAAAGGCAUGCCCAAGAAGGAGAUGGCUCGAGCGCAGGAGCGAAAGAAUGGAGUCUAUUUUUCUCGGCAGCAGCCCAGCAGUGCAUCUAGAACAUAGAUGAAAAUAGUGUACAGAAGUAAGCUGCCUGGAAUGAUGCAUCUAGCAUCUAGCAGCCCAUUUGCCAUGAUGGGGCCCUGCAACGCCUUGAACAUUGAGCUAGGUGAUCCCAAAAUUGCUUUCGGUUGACAUCCUUGUUCUCCGUAACUGAAAGAAGUUUUCGGAAUUUGCAAGGCAGCGCCCCACCAAGCUCACAAGAUGUCACAAGUACAGUUCUGAGUUCUGACCGCACAGGAUUUCAGCGUAGCGACGGCUACAUGCGCCGGUCUGUCAGUCCACGUGCGAAGGCACCCACAAUUUGACAGGCCUGCCCUGAUUCACUGUUUGCGGAUCCUUGAUAUAUCUUGAUAUGUGAAGAUAUGUGACGUAGCUCCGAGAGCAAAA